AUGACUCGACUCAAUUCUGUAAGUAAUAAAAAACAAAGUUCUGUAGAAUUCUCAUCAGCUGAAUUGCCACCAAUAACAACACAUAGAAAUGAUGCUGAAAGAAGAAAAAGUAUAUUUACAGUUGAAAAAUUAAAUGAACGAUAUAAUCUUAAUCAAGAUUUUGAUGAAAGUCCAAUUGAUGGUACAUGGAAUUAUAUUAAAAAAUAUUACAAACCAACACCAGCUUUUUUUAAAAGACAACUAUUUAAACGAAUUCCAUUUCUUGAUUGGAUACGACAUUAUAAUCUAAAAGAAUGGCUUGUAUCGGAUAUCGUAUCUGGAUUAACUAUUGGUAUUGUGCAUAUUCCUCAAGGUCUUGGAUAUGCUAUUCUUGCUGGUCUUCCACCAGUUACAGGACUUUAUGUUUCAUUUUUUCCGGUUAUUCUCUAUGCUUUUCUUGGUUCAUCACGACAUUUAAGUAUUGGUACAUUUGCAGUAUCAUCUCUGAUGAUUCUUGCUGCUGUUAAUAGCAGAGUAGGUACACUUAUUCCACCGGGUGCUAUCACACCAACUACAUCUAAUAUAACGGAUGAUAUGAAUAUUACAAAUUUUGAAUAUACAACAGACUAUCCAUCGAGUUUUGGUGAAACCCUGGCAUCAAUGACGACAACAAUGAGAUCUUCUUCUAGUAGUAAUACACGAUAUCUAAGUAAUGAUCCAGCUCAAGCUCGUAUUAUGGUUGGUGCUGCAUUAGCAUUAGUUGCUGGUUUAAUUCAUUUAGCUAUGGCUAUACUACAUUUUGGUUAUGUUACUGUUUAUUUAUCAGAUUCAAUUGUACAAGGUUUUACUACUGGAUGUGCUAUACAUAUAAUAACAAGUCAAAUACCACCAUUACUUGGUAUUAAAAUAAAAACCGUAAAUGGACAAUCAAAAGUAAUUAAGAGUUGGAUUGAAAUAUUUAAAAAUAUAAAAUAUUCCAAUGGGGCAACAUGUAUAUGUAGUGCAAUUAGUAUUGCUCUAUUUGCUGGUGUUCGUGAUAAUAUUAAUGAACGAUUCAAAGGACGAAUGCCAAUACCAGUUCCAAUUGAAUUAAUUAUCGUAGUUCUUGGUACUGGUCUUUCUGCUGCAUUUGAUUUUAACAAACGUUGGAAUAUCAGUAUUGUCGGUAGUCUUCCACUUGGAAUUCCACCUCCAGUUGCACCUCCAAUGGCAGCUAUAACUGAUGUUAUAGGCGAUGCUGUUGCAAUAGCUAUUGUAUGUUUUGUUGUUAAUAUAAGUAUGGCGAAAUUAUUUGCAACAAAAUAUAAAUAUCAAAUAAGUCCAAAUCAAGAACUUUUCUCAUAUGCAGUUGGAAAUAUUGUUACAGCAUUUUUUAAUGGUUUCCCAGCUUGUGUUGCACUGUCACGUUGUGCUGUUGUUGAAGGAACAGGUGGAAAAACACAAAUUGUUGGAAUUUUAGCAUCCAUCGUUGUAUUAAUUGUUAUUCUAGCUGUUGGUCCAUUAUUUCGUACAUUACCGAAUUCUUGUUUAGCAGCUAUUAUAGUAACAGCUAUGAAAAAUAUGCUUUUACAAACGAAACAAUUACCUGUUUUAUGGCGUAUCAAUAAACUUGAAUUUUUAGCGUGGAUGAUAACAUUUUGGGGUGUUGUUCUGCUUGAUGUUGAUUAUGGUUUAUAUAUUGGAGUUGUAGCUAUGAUUCUCUUACUAAUUAUUCGAUCACAGAGACCACAUGCAACAUCACUUGGUUAUUUAUCAUCCGCUGGUGUUUAUGAAGAUCAAAAUGCAUAUCCAUCAGCAACUGAUAUACCAAAUUUAAAAAUUUUUCGUUUUGAAGAAAAUAUAUACUAUGCUAAUGUUGAUAUGUUUAAAAAAUUAUUUAUUAAACGUAUUGGUUUACGUGUUGAUGAUCAAAUAAAAGCAAUGAAUGAUGAAAUGAUGAAUGUUGAACGCGAAUAUAAAUUACAGUUAGCUAAACCGAGUAAUAAAUUUAAGAAUAUUAAACGACAUUUUCGAAAAGAAAAUGAAACAAUACAAAAUGAUGAGAUCGUAAUUGAUGAAAAUAAAAUAUUAGAAGAAAAAGAUGAAAAAAUUGAAGAAGUUAGAAAAAAAUAUCGACCAAACUUUGAUCAUAUUAUUAUUGAUUGUUCACCUAUUAAUUAUAUGGAUAUAAUGGGUAUUAAAACAUUGAUACAAAUUUUUAAAGAUUAUAAAGAAAUUGGUGUAACAGUUCUACUUUGUCAAGUUCGACCUACUGUCUAUCAACAAUUGAAACGUAUGAGUUAUAUGGAUGUUGCUGGUCUUGAAAAUAUUCAUGUUUCAAUUAAUGAUGCUGUUAUGCAUGCAUUAAAAACACGUGCAACUCGUGACUCAAUUGUUUAUUUACCCGGUUCUCCAAUGCCUUAUGUUGGUAUUGAAAAUGUUGGUUACACACGUGCUGAAGAUGAUGAUGAAGAAAAUGAUGAUACAAUAACAAAGAGUUAUUUAUAA